AUGGAACACGUAAGCCAUCUGUUUGGGCAUCGGUAUCAAAAAUAUUCCAGUGAAUUUGCAGCAACCAAAUAUGCAGUCCGCAUAACGCUAGAGGGUGUCAGGGAAGCCAGUGACAAUUGCGAGGAAUUUGUUUCUGAGCCAUCGAAUGGGAAAAGUGUUCAACUCUUCGCUCUUGAUGUGCUCUCGAUGGGCGCCGAUGCAAUCUGGACAGACUCGCAAAUGUCCAAAAGGGGACUUUCAUUUUGGAAUAAAGAGUGCAAGGCUGCUUUAGUUCAGAGUGGGUAG